GUGUGUAUGGUGUUGUUCACUAUCUCUGUAUUUGCUCUUGGUGGAAUUGUCUCAGCAAAGCCCUUAGAUGAUUGGAUGGGCAAAGGGUUGACUGGUGAGCAGAAAGGCUUUAGCUCUCUGUGUGCAUCAUCUGUUUAUAUUGGCUGGGCUAUGGCUUCCGUAGUUGCUUUGGUGGUCACCGGUGAACUGCCAAUUGUCUUGUGGUUUGCAACAUACAGAUUUUCCUUGUCUUCAGCAGUGUGUGUUGGAAUAUUCACAGAUAUUAGGAAAAGCCUUGGGUGGUGGAGUGAUCCCUGUAAGUGCAGUUCUUGCAGACAAAGAUGUGAUGCUCUGUAUCCGACCUGGAGAGCAUGGAAGGUUUGCAGUUAUAACUGUUCACGACCUCUAUCUUAUUUCAGAGAAAAAAAGAUUGCAUUUCAAGUACUAGUUAAAGCAGUGAUUAAUUUGGAUCCUGGUGAGGAAAUGGAGUCUCUAAGAAAACAAUUUCAAGAAUUCAUUGCAGGCCUCAUGUCAUUACCAAUAAACAUUCCUAGAACUAGGCUUCACAGAUCAUCACAGGCAAAGAAAAAAAUGGUGAAGCAAGUAUAG